AUGACUCGCUCUCCGCCACCUGUUCCGAUUAGCCGCUCCUAUACUUCCUUUAGUUCUAGUCAGCCGAAGCCUGCGGCCAAUUCAUCCGCCACCGCCUCAUCCUCGGCCUUUAUGACGAAGGCCCAAAUACGCGAUACGGUACCGCUUGACCUCCGCUGGUACUCGGUCACCGUGGGCUCCAAGAUUGGGGUGGUACAAGGAUGGGAUCUCGUUCGUGAGGUUGCGUCGUUCCCCGGCUCGAAAAGUGAAUUGCACGCAAGCGACGCGCACGCCUGGAAACACUUUUAUCAGGUCUUGCUGAAAGGUUCUACCGGAGUGCUAGCUUGGAUGAUAGGCAAACAACUCGAGGAGGAACUGCAAGACGAUUACUAUCGGUCUCGUGAGGAACUCGUGCGGUGUUCAUGCAUCAACAAUACUCACCGAAUCCAUGUCUUCGACUCUUUGAGAUCUUCUUCAACAGCGAUCUGGUUGAAUCAUCGGAAGGGUCGACUGUUACAUGCUCCGCCACGUCAGAUGGCCAAACGACCCUCCGCCGGUGAAUCAUCAAAGCCCAAGAGAUCCAAGGUUCACGCGCCGCCUCCACCUCCCAAUGCACGUAGAGACAUUGCUCGGUCAGUUCAGAUGACACUUCUACGAAGGACGGUGCAAGGAAACUUGGGGUCACGCUCAAUCUCAUCCGCGACUUCGUCUUUGUCGAGGACGCUUGCACCCGAGGACAAUGCAGAUGUCAAUGUUGGCGAAGUCGAUGCGAACGAAGAUCCGAACCUUGGCGAAUUCUUCGUCGAGUUGAAUGCAAGCUUAAUGAAUGGCGCCGACGAAGGGGAUGAAGACGAAGAGGAGAAUUCGGUGUCAUCACUCACCGAACACGUCCGAGAGUGGACAACAUCCCACCGACAACGUUGGUUAGAGGAGCUGCACCUCAUGGACGCGCCGUCUGGCGUUGGGAUCAUCUCGCUGCUGCAAAUGUUUCAGUUACGGUCUUCUCUGCUCAGCCUGCAUCGUGGCAGACCAUCGUCUGCUGCCGCUCCACACAUCGA